CUGAUCCCAUUGCAUUGUCAGCAUUGUCAGCAUUGUCUACUGACACGUUCGCUUGAUUUCAUUCCUGAGGCAGAAGGAUGAUGUCGUGUCACGUCCCUAAUGGAAAAAGUUCAGCCUUCCAACAACCUUACAGUGGUUGUGGCUCGUGCCGUUCACCGCUAUGCUGUGGUAGUUCACGAUAUAUGACCACUCCGUUAAGUUCUCCCGCGUUCGCAAAACCCUGCUGUAGUCUUGGAAUCGCAAACGGCCAUGGAGAUGUUGAGCACGUGCUUUCUCCGCAAAAAGGAAGUCGUUAUUGUAAGUAUGCGGGGAGUUAAAAAAUUGCGCACUUCCAUCUGGAUUAUUUUAUCGGAAACACUUCCGAACUGUAAACUUAACUGUUACAAUAACCAGAGGGUUUAAUCUUUAUCUGUGUACGAUAUUUUUCAGUUGAAUACUUUCACCCAGCAUAGCUAGAGUUUUAUCGACAAUAUCUCAAUACUGAUCCAGCCACGUACAACCCCUGGGGGACUCCCAUGGUAAAGUGCCAGGAUGCUCGUCGUCUCCCUUAGGAGUGCAAAUUGAAGAUUUUGGUCUCACUUAGGGUGUCAUAGUGGGACGGAAAGUCACUAUAUAGUUUUCCCAUUCAGGUAUUGCCUAGGGUUGGGCAUAAAGAAAUGUACAAAAAAGGCUUGACAUUGACCGCUAAGAAAUCUAACGUUUAAAAGAAAAUACAUCCCUGGCACUUAUUUAGAUGCCUACGUAAACUAAGCAUAUCCCAGUUGCCGGGAAUGAGCUCCCGGAAGGUCUUCGUGAUAGAGACGCGCUUCAUAGCAAGCAUCCUUACCCCCAAAAAUAGCGCCCAUGAGACACAUUAGCUAAGAUUACUUGUCCUAAUUUAAGAUUUAUCCACGGCACGUUAUUAAAAAGUUUGAGUCAUCAUUGAAGCUGAGUUCACAUUAGUAGAUUUUGACGAUAUCACACCCAUAAUCCCUCGCGGACCCUGGCCUAUGAGCAGUAUGGUGAUACUUAUGGACUUCAUCCCAAUUCGCUAUGGUCAAAAAAACACGUUUACACCACGAAAUAUCCUUAUCAAGAGGAAAGUGCUGCGAAGAAGAUUUAAUUCAAAUGGUCGUAUCUUGCUAGAGAAUGCUAGGUACAGCAGUUCCAAAAAGUAUCUAAUGCAUUUGAGGAUUCCAUCCAAAGUUAAAACCACCUUGAACAGCAAGCAUCAGCCCAUAGGAUAGUGGGGUUCAGCCGGACUGAGUGAGGUCGCAUUUCAUUUGAAUGGUCACACUUUAGGAUUUUAUCCACAGGCUCAAAAGUUAGAACCACCUUGUACAGCAUAAUAAACAGUACCACAGGAACGUACUGCUCAGUAGUUUUCAUUUGAAUGGUCACAUCAUAGGAUUUCGUCCACAGACUCAAAAGUUAGAACCACCUUGUACAGCAUAAUAAACAGUACCACAGGAACGUACUGCUCAGUAGCUUUCAUUUGAAUGGUCACAUCAUAGGAUUUCGUCCACAGACUCAAAAGUUAGAACCACCUUGAACAGCGUAAUAAACACUAGCGGAAAGUACUUCUCAGUGCUUUCAUUUGAAUGGUCACACUUUAGGAUUUUAUCUGCAGACACAAAUAUUAAAAUCACUUCUACAGCCUAAUAAACAGUAUCACAGGAAAUUACUACUCAGUAGCUUUCAUUUGAAUAUGGCCACGCUUAAGGAUUUUACCCACCUACUCUAAAGUUAGAAUCGCUUUAUUUACAGCCUAAUAAAAAGUACCACAGGAACUGCUCAGUAACUUUCGUUUGAAGAAUGGUCACACUAUGGGAUUUCAUUCACAGACUCAAAAGUUAGUUCAAUUUAGAUGACCGGUGACAGCAUAAUAAUCAAUACCACCACAGGAAAGUACUGAUCAGAAGUUGAUCAGAAUGGUCACACAUCAUAGAUUUCAUCCACAGACUCGGUAGUUUAGAAUCACCUUGUACAGUAUAUUACUGUAUACUGUACCACAGAAAAGUACGGCUUCGUAUUCAAUGGUCACACUUUAGCAUUUAAUCAAUGGAGUAAAAAAGAUUUUAAGAUCACCUUGAAAAGCACAAUAAAACAACUCCGACAGAAAGUUAUGUUCUUGAAAUUAGGUAGUCAAAUGUUAUAGAAAGGGUCGUUUGACUCAAAUGGAAUUGAACAAAAAGCCCUUCGAGCGUUUCCGAUGACGCAAUGACCGAUAAAUGACCUCCUUCCUCUCCCACUUCAAUUUGUCAGAACUUUUGAAGUACGGUAAGAGGAUGGUCCGCAGGAAAAAGGAAAGGGUCAAGUGACACUUGUGAAACAACGUCCGUAGGAAAGAAAAAUAUUUACCCUGAAGGCCCUCAAAAGAAUUAUGCGAUACGGAAGCCGUUGUCGAAAGUGUAUCUUCAUCGAGGUCGCCAUUGACUGACGUUAUUAAAACAAACAAGCCGCUCAUCAAAAGACCUAUGGCCACCACUUUCCAGCUUUGAUUAUCACUAUCCGAAGGCCAUAUUAAUUCUUCUUGUUAGCGACGAGUCGACAUCGACAAUAAACAAACGGCAAGCGGAUUCUAAAGGAAAGCGUCGUAACAUGGAAUUCAUACUAUUAUCAGAUAUAUUGGGUCUAGAGAGGAUUUAUAGCCUAAUAUCAUGGGCACCAAAGCACAAAGAUCUGACGUCAAUUUUCGUUGUUGUUACAGUGUUGUUCUUUUUUUUCAAUUUUUUUUGUAUGUUUGCUUGACUGAUUUGCCUGAUGCCUUUUAGUUCGCCUUUUUCCCAUCAAGUGCAAUCGGAUUAUUGACUGUCUCUCAUCGAUUUAAAUGUUAGCAUGCUGUUAUGACUCAAUUAAGAGAAGGAAAAGAAUACCACAUCGCGAACGUAACCGAACCAAAACCGAUUUUAGAAGUAUAGAGUUGUUAUAUUGGGAAGUCCGUCUCGGGUCUCUCUGAAAUGCCUAUCAUCUCUUAAAUGUUUGCUAUUAACAUUGAAGUCUCGUGAACAGUAUUACUAUUUAUUACUAUACAUACUGAGAAAUGCUCACCAAAAAGCUGUCGUAAAUUUUCAUACGCAAAUGAGUUCUAGCCAAUCAGAGGAGCCAACGAUGUUUUUCACACGUGAAAAAAAAUGAUAUACAGUAAUUGCCCGCGUAUAAGAACCUGAAUUUUUCAAUUUAGCCUAAAUAGGUUCUUACAUAAAUGGUACUUAAAGCAAAUUUAGGCUACCCAGGUUCUUAAAAUAGGUUCUUAUAUUUUCAUAUGAAUUUCAUCUGAAUAUACUAUAUAUAUUAUAAAUAUCAUCUGAUAAUACAGUAUAAAUCAUUUAUUUGUACCAUAGAGCAAUGCCUAUAUAGGCAGUUCAGUGCAGGUACAGCAUAUGUGCUAGAUGAUGAUCUUAAUUCAGCAGUUUCUACCUAUACGCUUUUACAGCAACCCCACUGAUAAGAACCUAACUUAAAAUUUUAGCCUAAAUAGGCUCUUAUGUGGAGGGGGCUUAAAAUGAAAAUUUUAGCCUGACAGGUUCUUAAAACCCAGGUUCUUAUAUGCGGACUAUUACUGUAUACAUACGUUCGUCAGAAUCGCGAACGAUGUUUUUUCAAGCGUGAGAAAAAUGAUAGGUCCAAUCAGAAGUCACAGAGGUGUGUGGGUUUCGCACCAAAAUUCCCGCGUUUUAUAGGCGCUUGCAGCGCCCUCGCUUCUCAAACUAUCUCAAACUAUAAAAAAAAAUAUAUUAAACCGAUGCUGGUUGGAAGAGAGUCUGCAUAUUGGGGGUACUUGACUGAAACUCGGUUCUCGUGAUCAUCAGCCAGCCCUUAUACUCCGCUGUCUCAGCUCACAGUCAAACUUUUGACCAAUACUCACUGAGCUUUCAUCCUCUUUGAACACUGGUGUAGGCUAUUUCUAGGAGAAAAAUGGGGUUCAGGAAUGCGCUGCAGGAAUUGUAGCACAUCAGCAGCAACUGAUGCUAUGACCAUUACUAAUACUACGAGCCAGACCGAGAUUAAUAGUCGUAGGUGACCACCAUAUCAGGAAUGCAUUGGUUCAUUCUCUUAGGUGGACAAUUAUAGCAUCAGUUUGGUCAUUCUAAGCAAGAAUGUCCAGGUCUGCAAAAACUGCCUAAAAUUAAUAGUUCUAAUUUUGAUAUAUUUCCACCUAUGAUGCUUUGUUUAUUCAUUUCAGAAUCACUGUUUCCACAAUUUCCCACUCCCAACUAUUGCCAUUGUCAGUUAGUGUCUAGUACAUGUAAGAAAACAUUCAUCUUUGUGAUUUUCAUUUUUUUUCCCCAGUUGUUAAUCCGUACUCUUCAACGGAAAUGUCAAGUCGUACUACUUCAGACGCAUUUUUCCUCCGGCCGUACUUGACGAGAGAAGAGUACAUGUAUUGGAACAGCCAUUUCAACCACACACGACCAAGGUGGGAAUGCCAGAGCUGUACCAGCCCACCGGGUGUAACCACCAACAUGAUUUAUCAGCAGAGAAACUCUCCUGCUUCCAUCCAAAAUGUUACAGCAGACCUGACAUCUAGAGCUAGUGAAUCGAGCUCUGGUUUCCGUGCACCUCACAACCACGACUUUGUAGAAUGUUUUUACACGCAAGCACGUGACACUGGGAAUGCUCCCUUGCGUAACAUCCCUAAGAGGUCUGACUUUAUGAGAAAAGGCGGAAGAAAGAAAGCCAGCUAUGCAGCUCAUCGCUGUCAGACCCAAGCGCUUUCUAAAAGAAGUGAUUCUAGUGUCAAAGACAAGAGGUUUGCUGAAAAUUCCUCUUCCUUCAAAAGGAUGGCCUCAUCUGCUCGCCAGGUGGAAGUUUAUCACCAAAAUUUGUCACAAAAUUAUUUUAAUUCCGCUAAAAGUUGUGGUGCUCAACAAGAAACGACGUCUAAAAGUUUGAGGACUAUACUGAGUGAAAAGUACCUUUGCGGAGAUAAAAGCUUUGAUGAAAUCCCUUCCAUUGCAGCCUCCAAGGAUAUUCCCGAUGGCAAAAAUCAUAAAAAUAAUGCGCGUUCAGCUACCGUUAACUGCCGUGACUCAACAAGCACUUUUGGCUUAAAAAACAAAGGAGGAAAGUCAACCAAUCCUUACCUACUGAAAAGAAAAAACACCAUGGACACAGAACACGACCAAGAAUAUCCACAAAGAAAGCGGGUGAACAUUAAUGAUGACGUGCGUGCAGGUCUACAUCAAGUACAGAAGGUGAACGGCACGAUUGAUCUUAACGAGUGUUUCACGCAGUACCUUGGUGGCUCUUUUCCAGACGAAGAGAACAAGCAUGCGCAGAGACAGAAACCCUCCAGACCACAGUCGACUGAGCAGACUGAGAUAAACCAAGCUUGUGGUAUUGAAGACACUGCAGAGAUGACACACGUUAUCGAUGAGAGUGAGGAAACCCAAAAGGUUUAUAACAAACAAGUGGAACCAGGUAAAGACAUUAACAAGUUUAUCGGCAAGACAACGAGGCCAGUCCAUCGGAAGUUAUCAAAUGAUACUGGAAACUCCACUAGCUUUGGUUAUGCUCUUGAUUACGACUGUUUGCCCAAAGUUGUCGGAGUAAUGUCGUCCAAACCAGAUGCUAAUCUUCCGGGUUUUUAAAACAAGUUUCCUGAAAAGGUCGGGAUUUUCUGCUCUUGAAACAUGAUAACUAAAGUGAACAAAAAAAAAAAUUGGAUUGAGAGCAAAGGUAGGGAAUUUGUGAAAUAUUUCGCAAGCAAGUUUUGCUCUGAACAAGUUUGUUUUUCAGUUUUAUUUUAAUUAUUGAUGUUCGUAAUUAAAAUUUCGCAGUGAUUAAUUAAUGUAAUUAUCUUCUCCCUUAUCAUUUCGUUAUGGACCAUAUGUCCAUCAACCUUGAUUUAGCAUUCGGUACUGCUAAGACCGACUUUCUUUUUGGAAACAUACAUUGAGCAGUGAUACCAGCAACGCUUUGUAUUGCGUCAUUAGAAAUGAUUGUCACAGCGGUUGUACAAGACCGCUUUCCUGCUAUAAAG